AUGUCGCAGUCUAAGCUCGAAAAAGUGGUUUCUGAGCUGCACAAAUCCAUCGUCGAGCUCACGAAAAAGGUGGAAUCGUUGGAAACUAUAAUAAACGAGCAAAAUACUUUAAUUAAAUCUCAGGCGGAUUCAAUAUCGAAGUUAACAAAGCAGCAAGCAACGGAUUCAAGUACCUCCAAGUUGCAAGAAAACAAUGAGGUGUCAUUAAGAAACAGACCAAUCCGAGCCGCUAGACUUCGUGUACCAUUGGUCGCCAACGACGUGCGCAAGAAACGUGAUGUGCUGCAGGGCGCUGCGUCAGCGAGCGACGCCGCUUCCGCGAUGAGUGCGAGCGAGGACGACUGUGCUAACUCCCUUGCACCUAUGCAGAACGCGAACACUGUCAUCGACGCAAACGCCGUACAAUCAACGGACAAUAAUAACUGGAUUCAAGUUAAACAUAAACGACCAAAAAAUGUAAUGCGCGGGAGUGCAGCCCCCGGCAAUUCUAUGAUCGAAGCUUCUGAAAGAUGGAAAUACUAUCAUUUGUUUUACGUAAAGGCGGGAACCGCUGCCGAAAAAAUUACUGAACAUAUAAUGAAAACUUGUAAAAUCGAUAACUGCACCGUUGAAGUAUUAAAAUCGCGAGAGGUUUACGCAGUAAAACAACGGAGUUUAGAAAGUCGGUGUUUAAUUCUUCAUCACAUAUAUUCGCAUUGA